UCAAAUUUUUUUUAACCAAUAUCUUAUUUUUCUUCUCUAAAUAAUAAUGUUAAAGUAAAGAGAUAAAUUUGUUGAUUUCUAAAUAAUAAUGUUACAAUUAAAUAUAUUUUAAUGAUGAAAAUGAAAAUUAUAUUUAUUCGAUUUAUAAUAUUUUCCAUAUGGCUCUCUAUAUUUUUAGGAGCAGCCUUCAUGAUUUCUAAAGAAAUCAAGACUCAGAAAUUUUCAAAAUUGAUCAAAAUAUGGAUGGUGUCAACGAUAUUUAUUCUUUUAGCCAUUCCAAUUUCUUUACUUGGCAUAUUACAACAUUUGCUUAAUUAUACUAAACCAUAUCUGCAACUUUAUAUUAUUCGAAUUUUAUGGAUGGUCCCAAUUUAUGCUAUGAAUGCAUGGGUUGCUUUGAGAUUCCCUAAAUCUGCAAUAUAUCUUGAUACACUUAGAGAAUGUUAUGAAGCCUAUGUUAUAUAUAAUUUUACAUCAUUCUUAUUAAAUUAUCUUAAAUGUAGCUUGGAUUUAAUAGCAACUCUUGAAGAAAAAAGGGCAGUAUCACAUAUAUUUCCUGCAAAUCUUAUAUUGCCAAAAUGGAAACCAGGAUGGCCAUUUAUUCAAAAUUGUAAAAGGGGAGUAUUACAAUAUACUGUCAUUAGGCCUCUUAUGACUAUAAUAGCAUUGAUCACAGAAAUGUUUGGUGUGUAUCAAGAUGGUAUUUUCUCAUUUCGCUAUACUUGGAUAUAUACUGUAAUUAUUAAUAAUAUCUCUCAAUUGUUUGCUAUGUAUUGCUUAAUAUUAUUUUACAAAGCCACAUACCAAGAACUUAAACCUAUGAAGCCCUUGGGAAAAUUUUUCUGUGUUAAGGCAGUUGUUUUUGCCUCAUUUUGGCAGAGUGUACUGAUAGCUUUUUUUGUUCAUAGUAAAAUUUUAACUGAAAACAAUACUUGGAAAACAUAUGAUUCUCAAACUUUGCAAGCUAGUCUACAAGACUUCUGUAUUUGCAUUGAAAUGCUCUUUGCAGCUAUAGCUCAUUAUUUUUGCUUCUCUGCCUCACCUUAUGCUCUGCAAACAAUAAGUGAGUAUUCAAGCAAUGAUAACAUGCUAUCUAAUAAUGAUAAUCUCAAUUAUAAUACUGAUAAUAUAAAUAAUAAAUUUAAAUCCUGUAAUCUUGGGACUAAUGAAUACAAUGUAAACCAAAUCCAAAGUUCUAACAAUUAUUCUAAUAUUGAUCAAGAUAGCAUUUUGAUUGCUGAUAAUAAUAAUAUGAAUAGGUCCUUUUUUGGAUCAGUUUGGCAUUCUGUCAAGUUGAUGUUAAAUGUAUCAGACGUUUAUGAAGAUGUACAUCAACAAGUUAAUUAUAUGAUCAAAUCAAAUAAUUUGAAAAACCGGUAUCGAGAUAAAGUUGCACAGAAUACCAAUAUUAUGACAGUAUCUACUGUUCAGCCAGAUGAUAAAAUCCUACUUAAAAAUAAUUUUGAUACAGAUGAUGACAAUAAACUUUUUAUGGAUUGCUGCUCUAACAAUCAUAACACAAACAUAAAAAAUGACAGUAAAUAUACAGUUAAAAGAGACCCAAAUGGAUUUAAAAAUCAAUUAGCCUAAUUUUUAAAUCACAGUAAAAUAUAUUAUAUUCUCUAAUAUAAAAAGAACUAAAUGAUUUAUAAUAUGAAAUUUAUAUGAUCACACAGUAUCUAGUUAAAUAUUCCAUUUUUAUGUCAUGUAUGAUAAAUACUAAAUCAAUAUUCAGUCCAACUCAUAUUAUUUUAUCGCGAAAUAUUUUUUCUGCCAUUAUUGAUUUUAACCAGAUUCCUAAAUUAUAUGUUUUUUUAAAAUCAAAUUUUCAAAACACAUACUCUUAUAUCACUAUACUGCACCUGUGAAAAGUAAUCUGUAUAUUUUUUUAGUAUUAAAACAACAAUUUUAUUUUUUGCAAUAUAAUAAUAUUUUGUUGAAUAUAAUAUAAACAUAAAUUUUUUUUAAAAUGAACACGAUAUAUCAUCAAUAAAGUUAUAAUAUAUUACAAUUUUU